AUGUCGGAUAAAAGUUUAUUAACGACGUCAUUUUUUCUAUUGAUUUUCGCGAGUUUUGUAAAAGCUUCAUCUUUGGGUAUUAAAUUACUUAUUAUGAUGGGUGCUGGAUUGGCUGGAAUGUACAUGAUGCAUCUUUUGGCACAAGAUUAUAAUAAAUAUACGUCACUUAACAGACCAUCGAGAUCCGUUGAUAAUCUACAUGACAAUACUACGACUUUUAUUAUGGACGAAGAAGUAGUGAGGGAAAGUGAAAAUAAUUACAGAUUAAACGAAAUAAUAACAUUUGAAAAAAUAAUACAAUUUGAUCCGACGGGAUGUGCAAGAAGGUACGUUUGCACGAUUGCGACAAAAUCAAAUAAAAAACAAAAUCAAUACGAAAGAAAUUUAAUACAAAUUUUAAGGUCGAAUAAUGGAAAACAUGAUACGGGUCGUGAAGCAUUUAAUUUUGCAUUGAAUUUGGGUCGGGAUAAAAAAGAUCCAGAUGCUUGCGCUCGGGAAUAUUCAAAAUGUUUGUUUUCCGUGUCGGAAAUGUUAAAACUCGUUGGGAUUUCGUAA